CUUGUACUUUGCGGAAAUGAAACAACGAGUUACGGUUAGCUCGAUAUUUUCGCACGUAAACAGAAAUAAGAUUGCAGCUGAAGGGUGAUGUAUGUGAGUCAUUAUGGAAUAAUGUAGGAGUCAAUCGCUGUGCUGUGUUCACUUCUGCUUUGAAGACAGCAGUGACAGUCAUUCGGUCGUCAGUGCCUGUCAGGUUGAUGUUCAGAUGAGGAGGUGCUGCUGAAGUGCUCCUGUGCAUUACCCUCUGUUGCCAUGGCAACAACCUAUUUACUCCCAUUUCUUCUCCUAAUUUCUCUGUCCUCCUUCUCUCUACUCCUUCUAACCCUUCUCCCCUUUGUUGCCCCCUCUUUUCUCUCGUUCUCCUCCCCUCCCUUGCCAUCCCCCUGUGGCCCGGGCCAGUCCUGGGCAGUCCAGCUCCACGCUGGCCCAAAUGUUGGAGAGGAUGGGGAGCAUAGCUCUGUGGAUCUGGACCUGAGAGCCAACAAGGUGGCAGAACUGGCUGGACUGGAGAACCAUGGACAGAUAGGACAGCUGGAGGGCCACUACUUGUUUUGUUCUGCCAAGCAUGACACUGAAGCUGUGGUUGGAACUGGUGCUGAGAGAAAGAGGAUCCAGCCUGAGGAUGCGUUGGCAGCCCACCCCCAUGUACUGUGGCACUCUCAGGAGAAGGUCCUCCGCAGGUCCAAGCGGUCAAUGGCCUUUAAUGACCCCCGAUAUCCCAAACAGUGGCAUCUGCACAAUGUUCUUAAUAAGGGUAUGGAUAUCAACGUAACAGGGGUUUGGGAGUGGAACAUUACCGGCCAAGGAGUCACAGUAGUGGUGGUUGAUGAUGGAGUGGAACACACCCUCCAGGACAUUCAGCCCAACUACAGUCCAGAGGGCAGUUAUGACCUGAACUCCAAUGACCCAGACCCUAUGCCCCACCCAGACACCCACAGUGACAACCACCAUGGGACACGUUGUGCUGGGGAAAUUGCUGCUGUGCCCAACAACAGCUUUUGUGUUGUAGGUGUGGCCUAUGGCAGCAAGGUGGCAGGCAUCAGAGUCCUGGACGGUCCCCUGACAGACAGCAUGGAGGCCAUAGCCUUCAACAAGCACUACCAGAUCAAUGACAUCUACAGCUGCAGUUGGGGUCCAGAUGAUGAUGGUCGCACUGUGGACGGGCCACAUCCCCUUGGCAAGGCAGCACUUCAGCACGGUGUGAUUGCUGGUAGGCGAGGCUUUGGCAGCAUUUUUGUGGUUGCCAGUGGUAAUGGGGGUCAAUAUGAAGAUAAUUGCAACUACGAUGGAUAUGCCAACUCUAUCUACACUAUUACUAUUGGGGCAGUAGAUGAGGAGGGGACGAUACCUUUCUAUGCUGAGGAGUGUGCCUCUAUGCUUGCUGUGACCUUCAGCAGUGGACGGAACAAUCUCAGAAGCAUUGUGACAUCUGACUGGUCCAUGCAACAGGGCACAGGUUGCACAGAUGGCCACACGGGCACGUCAGCUGCUGCCCCCCUGGCAGCAGGCAUGGUGGCCCUCAUGCUGCAGGUCCGACCUUGCCUCACCUGGAGAGAUGUCCAGCACAUCAUUACCUUCACUGCCACCAAAAACAUUCCUAAGAGAAACUCCAGACAGUAUGACAUUUCUGACUGGAGUGUAAAUGGAGCAGGCUUCCAUCACAGUCACAAGCAUGGCUUUGGUCUGCUCAACGCAUGGAGACUGGUCAACGCGGCCAAGGUGUGGGAGUCGGUGCCAUUCCUUGUGUCCUAUCAGAGUCCAGUACUGAAGGAGGAGGUGCCUAUCCAGACCGAUCCUGACAAGCUGAUCCUCACCUGGAAUGUCACUGGGGCUGACUUGAGCCACUCUGGGAUGCAGACACUGGAGCAUGUGUCAGUCACUGUGACAAUAACCCACCCGUGUCGUGGCAAUGUGGAAAUCAAGCUAAUCUGUCCAAGUGGCAUGACAUCGCUCAUCGGGGCACGCCGUGUUGUCGACAGGGACCCCUCAGGUUACCAGGACUGGACGUUUUCCACUGUGCGCUGCUGGGGUGAGAGAGCUGAGGGCCAGUACCGCCUACAGAUAGCUGACCAGAAAGAGCAAUCUGAGCUCUGUGCUCCAGUGGGGGUGUUAAAGCAGUGGAAGCUGACCCUGUAUGGCUCCUCCAUGACCUACAGGGAAGUCAAGGACAGACAGAGGCUGGUAAAAGAGGCUAUGAGUGGCCGGUAUCUAGACAGCGGCUUCUCUUUGCCCUGCCCCCCUGGCUUGGACAUCCCUCCAGAGAUUAUCAACCCCUUUACUUCCAACAGCCUGAAGUUUCUGCUGCUACUAGGCUGCUUCGCUCUCUUCUGGUCACUGUACUACACCCUGGAGGUCAUCCUCAGCCUCCUGGACCUCAAGGACCUGCUUUGUCGGUGUCGGAGAGGGGGUCGCCACCAGGCCAGGAAGGAGCGCCGGGGUCGAGGAGUCGAGGGAGAAGAGGAGUCGGUGGAAGAGGAGGAGGAGCUGGAGGCAGAGGAGGGGGAGGAGGACUCAGGGAGGGGCUCAGAUAUGGACCUGCAUGCAGUGCUGGGCUCUGAGGACAGAGUACUGCUUAUCACUGGAGCAAGGCUGGCCACAUAACACUGGGCCUGCAGGUAGACCAAAGACCUCCACACUGUCCAUGUGCUCUGAUCUUCUCAGGCUCCAUUCGCUGUCACUAGACACACCCUGUCCCCACCCCAAUCCUCAGAGGCUUUCUCCCACAUUGUUCCUCUGUCUGUGGUGGGAGGAGCAAGAGCAGACAGGAGGGGAAACUUGACUCUGAUGAGAGGACUCCUUUGUCUUGCUCUGCAUUCCCCAAACAUGUGGCCUUAGGUCAGACUCUGUGUCUUUGUGCGUUCAUCAGUAUGGGGAUGUUGAAGUGUGCAUGAAUGUGUACUUGUGUUCCUUUGUGUGAGUGUUGGUUAACAUACAAGUCCAUGGAUGGCAAGCACAUGUUCUUGUAUGUAAUAAUAGAUUACAUUUAUAUAGCGCUUUAUCUAGACACCCCAAGCGCUUCACACAGAAGGGGGGAAACUAUGGCAGAGUAGUUAAAUUUCAGAUUAUUUGGAAUGAGCUACUACCAUAACAGGCACCUUAUUGAGUUUUAGAACUUGAGAGAGCGAUAGGAAUUUUAUGUGCACUCUUUAGAGAUGCGUGUUUGCGCAUGUGUGAACGUAUGUGACUGCAUGAGUGCGUGUGUGGGAUGCUUGUGGAUUGUUUUAUAGGCAUAGACGCUUCCAUGUCAUCCAUGUUAAAGUGUCAUGACAUUUUGGCUUAAAGAGUUUAUUGGUAAAGGUUUUAUUUGAUGCAUUAGACUUUUAAAUCUGGGACUCUUAUGUGUGGGUUAUGAAUUCCUACAGUUAUUAAAACUUGAAGUGGGUUUUUCAAAUGUGUGGGGUUUGAAUGUUUUUUUUUUUAAAUCAAGUGUAAUAUAUAUAUAUAUAUAUAUAUAUAUAUAUAUAUAUAUAUAUAAACGUGUGCCUGUUGUACAGAUAUACACCAACUGAGUUUAAUGAUUUCUAUAAAGUGUUUAAAGAUUGAAGAGUUUUAAUUUUUUACACAAUAAAAAUUGCGGUGUGAUGAGUGAAAAUUGGCAAUGUUUUGAAUGAGUGUUCGAGUGGUGGCUGUGUUUUGCUGUGCAAGUCACAGAUGAUUGAAAUGGCA